AUGGACCGGAGCGCUGGCGGCCGCGGCGGCGCGUUUGGGAUGUUUGGCGCAGCGAUAGACCCGUCUGUUGUUCCCGAGUGGAUGAAUGGCGGUGGAACGAGCCAGGAUGCGUUUGCAGAGGUGCCGACGAACGGGCGCAUGCUCGAUCUCGUGUUCCUGAUCGACGCUACUGGAUCGAUGGGGUCCUAUAUCAACUCCGCGACACGCAACAUUGAAUCGAUCUGCGACAAUAUCGUCCAGUCGGAGCUGCUCUCUGGGCCGGGCGCAUUGCGCCUUGGGCUGAUUGCCUACCGCGACCAUCCGCCGCAGGACCAUGUCUACAUUACGCGGAACUUCGGAUUCACGAGCGACGUGCAACUCAUGAAGGAGAACCUCAACUCGCUCUUUGCGGCCGGCGGCGGCGACGGGCCCGAAGCGUCGACGGCCGCGCUCAAGGCGGCAUGCGACUUGGACUGGCGCGCGGAUGCGGCCAAGAUGGCGAUCCUCGUCACGGAUGCACCGCCGCACGGCAUCGGCGAGUACGGCGACGGGUUUCCGAACGGCUCGCCGGACGGCCACGACCCGCUCGUGCUCGCGCGCUCCAUGUCGUCGCGGGGCAUUCCUUUGUUUGUCGUGGCGUGCGAGCCCGCGCUCUCUGGAUACCAGCACGCGGUUGACUUUUACCGCGGCCUCGUCGAGAUCACGGGCGGGUUGCUCGUGCCGCUCACCACCGCGUCGCUCUUGAGCCACGUCGUGAUUGCCGCGGCAGGCGAGGUGAUGGACAUGGAGCGGCUGCACAAGGAAGUCGGCGACGCCGUGCUCGACCGCAUGCGCUCACUGUCCCUGUCGAUGGGCGACGAGGGGCAGUCGACGCAGCUCAUGGACCAGGUCGCACAAGAGCUGCACGAAAAGCUCCUGCUCCGCAACGAAAGCACCAAGCAGCUGAUCGUCGAGAACAUCUACCGCGAGAGCGAAGAGUCGGAGCACAACAUCCGUAUCUGGAGCCAGGCGCCGGACCUCUUUACCGCGCGGCCGCACAUCCGAAAGGUGAUCGGCUCGCGCCUCAGCCAAAAGUUCCUCGAGUCGCGCCGCCCGAACUACAGCGGCGUGCUCCGCGUGGAUGCUGCGCCGAAGCCCAAGGCGCCGGAAGUGCGCCAGAUCAUCUCCGACUUUCGCCCGUUCGAGGCGCAGCCGGGCAUGCGCUUCCAGGGCACGUCCGACGCCAACUAUACCCAGCUCGCCGGCGGUUACCGCCACGCGGAGGUCCAGGACAUGGACGACGACGACGACGCAUUUGUCGCCUCGGACCAACCGAUCGACAACACGCCGGUCGACACCGAGGUGCGUGUGACGGGCGACGACGGCCAGCUCCUGGCCUACCGCCAGGACCAGAUCUCCCUGGCCCAAGCGCGGCGCCUCGCCAUGCAAAGCGUCUCGCGCGCUCAUAGUGAUUAG